GGCAGUCUCAAAAUAUAAUCACUCCUCUAAUUAGGGAAAGUCCACACCGUGGUUAAACACAACAUGCAGUGUGACACAGGGGCUGCAGAUGGUGUGUGAGUGCUAUGCUGCUUGCUGGGGAAUAACCUGCUCUCCAGAGAAGAAUCAGAAUGCUGAACAUGCCCAUAUUGUGAGGCUUAUUCACAGAGUGGGGCUGCAAGGCUGAGCUCUUGUUCCUAGAACCGCUCUGAACCCAUCUGGACCCAAUGCAUAGACAAGCAACAGGCAGUCUCCCUGUCCAAGGAUUGGAUGUUUGUCAGAACCACAGUACCAUUACAGAUCUGUAUGCAGCUACAGAAGUACUACCUGCUGCACUCAGCUGCUUGUCUGUUUUCUGAGCAGAAUUAUUCCCAGAAUGUUCCAUAACCUGCCCUGAACUGCACUUCUCAUCCAGAGAGGCACCACAGUGUCAUACAUCUGCAGGCUCACCUCCCCGCAACAUUACAGUAGAGCCAAUAUUACUGCACAUUUCAGACUGCCUGGCGUUUACUUAAUACAAGAUGGAAACUGCCUUGUGGAGCCUCUUGCUGGGGUUGCUGGUGCUAAGGACCAUGGGGGCUAAUGAACACUAUGACAUUUGCCAAAAAAAGACAGGAGACUGCUGCAAUCUUUGUAAUCCUGGAUACUUGCUUAACAUGAUGAAUGGAUGCGGCAAAUGUACUCCUUGUCCGAAAGGAAGCUUUAUGGAAACAUCCAAUGACAACUCCAGCUGUAAGAGAUGCAAAACAUGUGAAAAUAUCUUCGAGUACAAGAGGAAGUGCACCCCCACCUCGAAUGCUGUCUGUAAAUGUACCAAGGGCAAAAUAUGUGUCGGGGCGAACUGUGAGAUGUGCACCAUCUAUGGAUGCCCAGAAGGGCAAGAGCUUACAGGGGAAAAGUGCACUGACUGCCCCGAUGGAACAUUUAAGCCUGGAGGAGAAGGCAAAUGUAAACCAUGGAAAAUCUGUCCCAAUGGAGUCAAGGCUGUGUUUAAUGGCACCCGCACAUCAGAUGUGGUUUGUGGAGAGACAGUGUCUCACACUUCAGAAAGGUCAAGCACAGCAUCUCCUGAAGUCACCAAGAGACCAAUAAUCAAGCCAGAAGACAAGAAAACUGAUAAUGUUAAUGUAAUCCCUAAGAAUGUCACUAAUAGAGAUCCAGGUCUAGGGCCCUCUGUAAAUGCAAUCCUGAUACAUGUACUGAUUGUUGGGGGUGUAAUCAUCUCAUUGGCCAGCUUGUUUUGUUCCUUGCCAUAUUUAAAAAAAUGGAUGAAGAAAAUCAAGCAGGAAUUUAAGAAAUGUUCCAAUCAGCCGGUAAAAACCUCUGAGGAAGAGGAGGAAAUAGGCUUCCCUUACCCUGAGAAGGAGCAGGGAGAAGAAGAAGAACCUAUAAACAAGGAACCGUGCUAGGCUUCCAGCUGCCAACCCCCAACCCCACUCACCGAGCAAUGAUUUCACUUCAUAGUAUCACUUUAAAUAAGUGGAAGAUGCUGCUGAAAGCUUGAUUACGGGCACCUUGAAGAACGCUGCCGAGGAGACUGACAAUGAAUUGAAGUUGGGCCCGUUCUAUGGUUCUAUGGCUUUACUUUUUUUUUUUUUUUUAGGAAGAACGAAUUUUAAAAAUAUACUAAAUAGUUUUAUUAAACAUUUCAUCUAUUUUUAAGAAUGUAUAUGACUUUCCAAUAAAUAACAACAUGUUCUGUUUACAUUGACCAAAUCCGCCACUAACACUGCACUAAAGACUCUGAUCCCCAGCUUUAUUCAGUGAUAAAACAGUCAGUAAAUCAGUAUAGACUAGUCCAAGAAAGAAGAUGGAUGUCAGAGGGAGCCCCAUCACUCAGUCUAUGGAUGUGCUCCUUCGCCUGCAGCGAGUCACUUAAUGGACUUUUGUAAUGUACAGAGAUUCAGUCAUCUUUUGUACUGGAUAAAGAUGGACUGUUACAUGCAAUGUGGACAUUGUACAUAUAUAUAAUAUACUGCUGCACUACUGAAAAAAAGUAUUUUACCAGAAUUUCCUUGUAGGCAGCAAAACCAUUAGAUUUAUCAUGCUUCAAUAGGAGAUGCAUAUAUGUAUUUUAGUAUUAUUGAAUUAUUCAAGAUGGCGGCUGCCAAUGUUACAAAAUGAAGUAAUGUGUGGAUAAACCACAGCUGUGAAGCUCACCGGUUACAAUGGAGGGGUCCAGGUGCACUGCCCCAGACCUACAGUUUAGGGAGGUAAUCCAUACCCACAAACAUUUUAGCAGUUACCUCUAAAUUCUUUUUGGCUGUAUGGGAAAAAAUGGGGUUUCUUUCACACAAAACUGUUUAUGUGUAGAGAUGUGGGUGGGUCAAAAUUAAGUACUGGUAUGAGAUCCCUUAUCUGAAAACCUGAUAUACAGGUAUAUACACCCCAGCUCCUGUGGCCAGUACUGAAGUGCCUGAAGAUGAAAGAUAAUCUGCAUUGUACUGCAAGUGAUCAUUGUUAUUGAUGUUCUGUAAAUGUACCUUAUGUACCAUUUAGUUCAUUCCAUCUGUUUGUUGGUGAUUACAGAAUCAUUUAGCAACUUUAUUCUUCUAUUGAGGUAAAAUAUACUGUAAUAUAUACAGUGCCAUCUCCAGAUUAAUUUAGGCACUAUGGAUUUAUUUAACUGGGCAAAUUUGCUCCUGGGUAGUAACCUACAGUAACCAAUCAGUGAUUAGCUGUGUUUAGCCAAUUAUAUUGAGAAUAAUGAAGCAAACAUUUGGUUACCGUUUUUUAGUAAAUAAUCCCAAUGUGUCACUGCACAAUAUCUGGAGUCAAUAUAAGGGCCCUACAUCUAAAGGUCACAAGAGCCAUAACCGGCCACACACUGGAUCUAUGUAUAAAGAUAUAAGUAGGAUUUACAUUCACGUUUAUUUUUCUAUAAAUGUUAAGUAAAAUGCAUGUCAGUCGUUUGUGGAACAUUAUUUAUCUGUAUGUUUCUGUUUUUCAAUUAUAUCAGCGCAGCCAUUGCUGUCAGAGGAAUUCAAUCUCAUCCAUACACAAGAAUGAGGUCAAUGUCAGACUAAGGUUACCAGAUCACUCAAAAAAUCAGGGCAGGGCUGGCAGCACGGUGGGCCACUAAGUAGCCUUGCUGUGCUGGGGUCAAUUCUGACUUGCAAGGAGUUUGUAUGUUGUCCCUGUGUCUACGUGGGUUUCCUCCCACAUUCCCAAAAUAUACAGGCUUAUUAAUUGGUUCAUACUGUGUGUGAAUGUGAUAGGGACCAAAGACUGUAAUCCCAACUGGGGCAGGGACUGCUGUGAAUGAUGCAUAGUGUCUGCUGAAUAAAUGUGUUGGAACUAAAUAAAUGACAGAAAAUAAAAUCUACUUAGAUAUGGAA